AAGGAGAAUACGAGUCACAUGACAUUAACACAAGCGGAUGCAGUACGCCUGAAAUCUAUUCUUACUACCUCCACACAUACUAUAAAGAACGUACUGUUUCAACGGUCAAUAGGAUCGGCUGCAGCAUGCCAGGACUGAAUCAUCGGUGCAGUGUGUGGUAAUGGCCAGCCAUGGACCAAUGUAGUGCCGGUCAGGAGGAUGACAGAGACGAACGGAAACCAUGGAUAAACACCUGUCCAAAUAUGUCCUUUACUUCGCCCUGUUGGCACUGUCAGGACUUGUAUUACUGCUGUGGAAUAUCACCACAGUGGAAAACUGGAACUGUCAGACAGCAUCUACUUUCUAUCAGCUUCAAAACAACAUACAGUCAGUCUUGAAGACCUCUGAAAGGUUGCUUCCUGUGGCAUUGAACUACUCGUACUGUUCACGCUUUGGCCAGCAGCCCAUCAAAGAGGAGGCCGUAGAGGAACGUUAUCUUCUCAAAUUCAUCUCCUGGCCAGAGGCACCAGUUUUGGGACUUCCAUUGCCUCAAAGCAGCGAUCCUGCACAAAGCUAUUUUAUAAUCCAAGACUCUUUGGAUCUGCAUGUUGGUGCGCAGCUGGUAGUAAAGGUGUAUGUCAACAAUUUUUUGGGUCAGCCUAAGAAACACGGAGGGGACUUCCUAGUAGCACGACUUCAUACACCAGAACUGGGGGCAGGUGUAGUGGGGCUGGUACGCGACCACCGAAAUGGAAGCUACACUGUGUUUUUUCGACUGCUUUGGCCCGGUGUGGUAACGGUGGAAUUGACAAUGGUGCACCCCAGUGAAGCUGUGAUGGUCCUCAGGCGACUGAGAGAGGAACAGUCGGACCGAGUAUUCUUCAAGAGCCUCUUCCGUUCCGGAUAUCUCUCGGAGACCACCGUUUGUAAUUUGUGUCUGCCGGUUAAACAGCAACCGCUUUGUAACUACACAGACCCCCAGACCGGAGAACCUUGGUACUGUUAUAAGCCCAAAUUGUUGGAUUGUGACACACGAAUCAACCAUUCAAAAGGAGGGUAUAAAAAGUACCUGCUUAAGCUAUAUGAGUCACAGUACUUUCAAAGUGAUGUAAAUAUAAAAAUUCCAAUACGCGCUGCAGGGAUAGAGAGUGUGACAGUUCUUCCUGCUGUCAAAAGUACUGUGACACGUGGAAUCCCAUACACAUAUGUAAAAACUAAAAAGAGACGACUUGAAUAUAAUCCCUCUGGUUUCUACCUCCGGGGGUUAUGGAGGCCUAUGAAUGGCGUUGUCAUGCGUCAGUUUAAUGACUCUUCUGCUAUAACUCAAUGUCUUCGAGGGAAGAAUGUGUACAUGUUUGGAGACUCCACUGUGCGACAGUGGUUCGAGUAUCUUGUUGCCCGCGUCUCAGAGUUUAAGGAGCUCAAUUUUCACAGCCCAAAAAAUGUUGGUCCAUACAUGGCAGUGGACACCGACCACAACAUCGUGUUGCGGUACAGCUGUCACGGUCCACCGAUCCGGUUCACAUCUGUUUCCUCAGCUGAACUGCACUACAUCUCUAACGAGCUGGACAGUUUACGAGGGGGAUCGGACACUGUGGUCAUGAUUAGCAUCUGGUCACAUUUCAGCACUUUCCCGGUACAGGUGUACAUACGUCGGCUGAGACACAUCCGCAGAGCAGUGAUGCGGCUGGUAAACCGUGAACCAGCGACUUUGGUACUGAUUCGCACAGCCAACCCCCAGGAAUUGGACCCAGAGUCUAGCCUGUACAACAGCGACUGGUUCUCCCAACAGCUGGAUGUGGUCCUGCGGGUUAUGUUUAAAGGUCUAAAUGUCCGUUUCGUGGAUGCCUGGGAGAUGACACUAGCCCACCACCACCCUCAUCAGUUACACCCUCCACCUGCCAUCAUAUCAAACAUGGUUCACUUCAUCCUGUCACACAUCUGCCCGGUUAGGAAAAAGAGAAGGCGGGAUUUCCUCCCAAAGGCCAACUUCGAAAGUAUCUCAUGAUUAAGAAAUCCGAGCCAUCAACACUAAUUUACAGAUGUAUAUGAAAAGCAUCUUUACAUAAAAAAACUGAAAUUCCAUAUGUAUAGAGAGAAAUGAUUAAUAAAUGGAGAGUGUGCUAUGUAGAGUAUUACAAUAUCUACUGUAUGUGCAAAAGGAGAUUUUUUCUUUGCCUUGCUAAACAAGUAUUGCUUUGUUGUAAUGCUGCAUAAGCUUGUGGCUGUACAGCUAAAUAUGUACUCGCAUGUCACUGUAUGUUUGGAAGUUUGUUAAUUUCAAACAACUAUAUUUGAAAACUUUUGCAGGUAUUCUUUUAGAUUCAUUUUUCUUUGCAGAUAUCUCAUUCUGUGUUUACCUCUGUGUCAUGCAAAAUAUGUGAUUAUUAUGUGAAAAUGUGAAAAUCGUGAAUAUGUGAAAAUUAUUAUACUAUAUUGUUUUAAAAUGCUAUGUACAAAAUAAGCAAUUCACACUCUGAAUAAGUGAGAUCAUUCAGAUCUGUGAUAUUCUGAAAGCAUUUUUGUUCACAAUCAGUUUCAUGUGCCUUAUUUAACAUGUUUUUAAUUUAAUUUGUCCACUCUGUUGAGUGAUUUACAGAACAGUAUUGACGGAAUGUAGGAAAUACUUGAGACUUUCAGCUUUCCUGUGGCUAAGUGGUUAGAGCAUGGCACAAAUAAAUCCAAGGUUAUGGGUUCGAUUCCAGGGGAUUGCACCUAGUCAGAAAUAAUUUAAUGCAAUGCAAGUCGCUUUGGAUAAAAGCAUCUGCCAAAUGUGUAAAUGUCUCACAUUUGAAUGAAAUUUUAUAGUCUCUUAAUCUUGUAUCUUAAAUUUACAUAUCUAACACAUUGUUAACACACUAAUAACAAAUUUAUGUGUAUUUAUUUCAAGAAAAUAAAUCAUUCUCAAGCAUC